AUGAAGCUGGGCUACGCUCAGACCUGCUCACUUUCCUCUAUAAAACCUGAUCUGGGGGAAACAGAGCAGCUGCUGGCUGACAGUUAUCAAGCAUCUGAUUGUGUCUCAGUGGAAAUCUUAGAAAGAAGAUGGCUUCACAGAUGUCCUGCUGUCUACAAGCUGAAACCAAAAGUAGAAACUUUGGGAUCCUUGAAAAAAUUGAUUGUUGGUGAAAAAAACCCCAACACUCCAAAUAAAACCAUUUUAGUUGUUGGAGAAACAGGAACAGGAAAAUCUACUCUGAUCGACGCUCUGAUCAACCACGCCAUGGGAGUGAAGUUUGAGGAUCAAGUCUGGUUUAAAGUGAUAGAAGAAGAAGAAAAAAGUCAGACAGCAAGUCAGACAUCUGAUGUGAAGGUCUAUCAGGUCUAUGAAGGUAAAGCUCUGCCCUUUUCUCUGACCAUCAUUGAUACUCCUGGUUAUGCAGACACCAGAGGGAUUGAACGGGAUGUUAUCAUCAGGGAGCAACUGCUUCAACUGUUCCAGUUAGAACAUGGAGUCCAUGAGCUUCAUGCAGUGGGUUUGGUGGUCAAAGCUACUGAGAAUCGAGUGAAAGAACAUCUAAGAUACGUCUUUGACUCAGUUCUGUCUCUAUUUGGAAAAGACCUAGAGAAAAACAUUGUUGCUCUCUGCACCCACUCAAAUGGAAUGUACCCUAAAAAUGUUCUGACAGCUCUUGAAGCUGUAAAGAUUAAAUGUGCCAGAGAUGAGAGGAAUGAUCCGGUUCACUUCCUGUUUGAUAACUGCCAAAGUAACGACCGAUCACAUCCAAACAACAUGAAGAUACUCAAAAGGAUGUUUGAGGAUGCAGAGGAGGAAAUGAACAAGUUGGUAAAGUUCAUGGAAACAGUUGAGCCCCAAAGAUUGGACACAACUUUGGAUGUUAUAACAUCCCGAAUUCGUCUGACAGCUUGUAUCUACAACCUGCAAGACAGAAUUAACCAGAGGGAUCUGAAACAAAGAGAGAUCAGACAGACUGAGGAAGCUCUGAAGGAAAAUAAGGAGAAACUGGAGAAUGAUACGAACUUCACAAUAGAAGUUGAUGAAGUUUAUAAGGACAAAGAAAACAUAGGUGUUGGAAAAUGGGGACUAACAAUGUUUAUUGAUGGUGCUACCUGCUGUACUGUCUGCGAGGAGAACUGUCACUUUCCAUGCACAACAGCCUGGUAUCCUUCAAGAUGUAAAGUCAUGAGCAAGGGAAAGUGCACCAUUUGUACCAAGAAAUGUCCUGUUUCAGAUCAUGUGAAAGAUCAGUGGAGAUAUGUGACCAAAACAAGGAGAGUGAAGAAAACCCUGGAAGAUGUGAAAGAAAAAUAUGAAGUAAAACAAGAAGGGAUGACUGGCAUCUUGGAAGUUCUGAAACAAGAGACAGAGAAACUAGAGGAAGAGAAGAAUCAGCUUCUGGAAGAAGCUUACCAACAUGUAAUAAAGCUGGAGGAGAUCGCCCUGAAUGUUGACUCACUGUCAACUUCAGUCAACUUGGAGCUCCUGAUUGAGAAAAUGAAGGAGAAAGGAGAAACAGCCAAGGCUGAGAAACUGGAGAAGAUAAUGAAAAGACAGGAUAAAGGAGUUCUGUCAGUCAUGAAGUCCUGGUUUGAGGAUCUGACUGGAGAAACUGACCUGGAUCUGGAAGACGACCUGCCCUGA